AUGGUAAAACGCUCCAUUCGAGUACUCGGCUACCUCGCCCUCCUAAGCGCCGCAACAACAUACGGCAUCCACCGCGGACUAUGCCAUCUCGAAGAAAAAUACCCGGAACUUCCAGAAACAGGAAGAGCAAGCAAUCUCCUCCUCACACCAGACAUGCCCACACAACGCGCCGCAUACACCGACAUUUUCGCGGCAAAGAUACCUCUCCAGAAACUCUCAUCACUCGCCCAAAGUCCAAGUCAAACAGACCUGGAAAUCGCCUGGGCCCGCGCCGUCCUACAUUGCCAAAUCCUCCGUCUAGAAGGCUCCCUUGUCGGUCUCCUCACUAAGCAUACAUUCGCAUCCGGAGACUCGGGAAACACAGAAUUCGGCUUCGGACCCAAGAAUGGAUCUCCACGGGACCUUUUAAACGGUGUUCUGUCCGUCCAGCGCGAACCCGGCGCGGAUCGUGAUGCCAAUGGACUUCUAAUCUCAUGGAGGAUUCCCGAUGAGCAGCGGUUAUUCUUUGAGAAGAUUGCCAGAUGGGGCUAUCCAUGGCGAUUGAUGUCGGGCGGACGGCAUGAGAUGAGUGUUUCGGAACCGUUUGAGGCUCCUGAGCAGGGAUCCUCUGUGGAAGUGAGGUUUGCGGCGAGUCAUGAUUAUGAAGUUGUGACCGAAGAGGUGGUGCAAAAGGUUGUCCCGGCUUGGACUCUGAGGUUGCAUAAGGGAUAUGCGCGGUUCAUACUGGAUCGGGCUGUGAAGGAGGUUAUGGAAGCUUCGGAUGAAGUAUGA